AUGCUCAUCGCAUUCUUUUUAGCGUUUUAGCAUGUCUUAGCAGAUUGCAUAGAAAAUUCAUAUUUCACUUAUCCAAAUUAGGCUGAAUGGGUUUAUGUAUUCAUCUUCUUUAUUUACUAUUAGGCUGUAAAGAGAAUCUCAAUUAAAUUAGAGGGAGAAUAUGUAAUAGGAUAUGGAGAUGAUUAUGAAGUCAAAGAUAAAUCAAAGAUUUAAAUCAAAUAAGUACCAGGAGGCUUAACAUUUGGACCAUCUAAUUUUGAGAUAUAUUGUCCAGCUCUUCACAAAUUAUCCAAUAAAGAUUUAGUGAAAUGCGAAAUCCAAUUAAACAUGAAAGAAAUAAAUGCCACCUCUGUUCCUUCUAAAGCAUUGUUUGUAUUCUCAGUAGAAAUAGAUAAUGGCCUUAAAGAAAACCCUGUGUUUGCAAUUGAAAACAAUUUCUAAAUGAGAUUGAAAGAUUUUGCUAAAUAAUUGGAAAAUAUGGCAUAUUACCUUGAGUACGAGAAUUGUGAUCAAAUGGUCUAUUUAUUGCCAGAUUCAUUACCAAUUUCAUCAGAACAGGUUGCAUUGCUCUAAAAAUACUCAAAAACGUUACCUGAUGAUAGUCCAACAACCUAAAUAACCGAGUCAAUCAAGGGGUAACUGUUUGUUGAAAAUUUCUCAAUCGAUUCAGGUUCAAAAACUCAUCUUUAUGGUCUCGCCGCCAUCAUUAUUGGUGUAAUAAUAUUGGCAGCAAUCAGAGCUUUUAACAAAAAGCGAGAAUAAUCAUAAUAGAAUGAUCCUACUAAACAACCAUUAAAUGAAUAAGAACUACCAAAGUUAGCUUGA